AAUUAUGUCGCUUAUUUUAUGAUUACAAGCGAAUUUAUUAUUUUUAAUUAGGUUAUUUAUUGAUUAACUAUAAUUUGCUGGUAAUUCAACUGUUUACCAAUUCACCACGUUUUUUACAAUAUUUUGGAAUUAUUGGAAUGAAAAAAGUGAAAAGUGGUGCCACUAAAAGAAGAAAAAAAGCUGCAGCCAUGGAGAAAAUCAUGAAAUACCCCAAGCUAACACAUUUUUUAAAACCAAAAGUUCCGGCUAGCAGUGUUUUGAUAUCAACAAAUAAUUUUGAUUGUGAUUAUUUGGGUACUAGACUAGAUGGGUUAAUCUAUGACUCAAAUGCAAAGUCAAAUGUAAGUCAUGGUUUAAUCUGUGAAUCAAAUGCCACAACAAAUCCACUAAUAUUUCUCAGUGAUGAUCCUUCUGAUUGGCCUGAUAAUGUUUCUGACGCUCAGAAGUGUGAUGUUGUUAAACGAGGUUUAAAAAAGAUUGAAAUCGACUUUCCAAAAAAUUCAGAAAGAAGACGAUUUUCCAUGAGUUAUUAUAACCGCAAAAUGAAAAAUGGAGAAAUCUUUGAAAGAUCAUGGCUUAUAUAUUCUUUAAAUAGUGAUAAAGUGUUUUGUUUCUGUUGCAAACUUUUUGGGAUAACUUCUUCACCAUUUCGAAAAGGAAUAAACACGUGGGAAGGCUUAUCAAAAAAACUUAAAGAACACGAAACACGCAGUGCACAUUUAAAGUGCUUUGAACAUUGGAUGACAUUACGAAAAGGCAUAGCAAAUCAAGCUACCAUAGACGAGCAACAACAAACGUUGCUUCAUAAAGAGCGGGUAUUUUGGAGAUCUGUGUUAAAAAGGAUACUGGACAUUAUGUUAUUUCUUUCAGCAAGAAAUCUUGCAUUCCGUGGUUCAGACACGGCAAUUGGUUCAAAGAGCAAUGGGAAUUUUCUUGGGGUGUUUGAAUUACUGGCUAAGUACGAUGCCGUCCUCAAGGAGCUUCUGUUAAGAAUUCAGGACAAAAAAACAAACGCUCACUAUUUGAGCAAUGACACACAGAACGAGUUGAUUCGAUGUUUAGCGCCAGAUUGUUUAGGAGAUUGAAUCAGAAAACCUUAGCGCCGAUGUUUAGGAGAUUGAAUCAGAAAACCUUUCUAUGGUAAAAAAAGCAAAAUACUAUUCGGUUAUUUUAGAUUGCACGCCAGACGUUUUGCACAAAGAACAAAUGAGCAUAAUUUUAAGAUCAGUGACAUGUACUUCUAGAGUAGGUAUUAGCAUUUCCGAAAAUUUCUUUGGAUAUCUCACAGUAAAUGGUACCACUGGAAAAGAGCUUUUGGAUGCCUUUUUAAAUCAGGCAAAAAAAUGGGAUCUAAAUAUUCUUGAUUGUCGAGGCCAAUCUUUUGAUAAUGGUGCUAACAUGAAAGGAAAACUUAAAGGUGUUCAAGCCAGGCUUCUAGAAAUGAACCCAAAGGCUAUAUAUGUUCCAUGUGCAAAUCAUUCACUGAAUCUUGUUAUUGUUGAUGGUGCACUGUCAUCUAUCAGUGCAAUAUCUAUUUUUGGAGUUCUUACAAGAUUGUAUACCCUCUUUACAUUGCCGUAAUACCGCUUUACAUUGCCGUAUACCGCUUUACAUUGCCGUAAAUAUAAAAACAUAUUCAUAAAAUUUUUACAUAAAAUCAUUAAAUUAUAAUGGUAUUAAAAUGUCAGAUAACAAGUAUACAAAUAUAUUUUUACAAAAAUCGUUUUGUAAAA